ACCUGACAAUUGUUUUUUUUCCAAUGUUGGUCCUUCCGUCUUGUGGGUGUUAAGUUGACGUUAACUUGAGGGGCAAAUGCGUCCAUUCAGGCUUAGAGUGUAUUUUCCCUCUUUAGUCUUCAUUCCCUCUGUAAAUAAGAGGAAAAAUGACUCCUUCCAUACGCAGCUUCAAGCCCUAGAAGCGAACUCCAGAGAAUACAGCACGGUGAGUAGGUUCUUCAUUCCGUCGGCAUAGCAAUGAUAUAGCAGCGCGAUGUCUACAAGAUAUAAAGGUGAAAGUUCUUCAUCGUCAAGAAAUCAUCAAUAUAUCUACGGUGAGUUGGUUCCCAUUCCAAAUUGUGUAUGUGGGCAACGUUUGAAGCUACAAACAUCGUGGACUAACGAUAAUCCUGGCAGAAGAUAUUGGGAAUGUUGUUUUGAAAAUGGAGGUCAAAGGUGUGGUUUUGUUAGAUGGCAUGAUGCUCCAAUGUGCGCAAGGUCAAGAAAAAUUAUUCCUGGACUAUUGAGAAUGAUCAACCGUAAUGAAGAAGAGAUCGCAAAGCUGAAAAUGAGGCUACAAGGAUCUAGAGGAGGAAACAAUGGUGGACAGUGCAAGUGCAAGGGUAUUAGGAUAUUAUCAGUGGUCUGCAUUCUCUUAUUUGUAGUGUUAUGUGUACUUAUAGCAAUGAUUGUCCCUAGUGGAAACAAGAACCUUAUGUUGGGCAGUAGUUCUGGUUAUUGAAUAGCAUUGUACUUAUGACAAUUGUGUUUCAAAAGGAAUGACUUUGCAAUGAAAAUCUAGUUCUGGAUAA